AAGUGGACUCGCCAUAAGAGGGAAAAGAAGAAGAAGAAGAAGAGUAAUAAACGCCAAAAAUCUUUGUUCCACGCAAAUUGUUCAGCGGUAGUUAGCUUAAUCGAAAGACAAGAAAUAGGAUUCCAGGAUGUCCCACCGAAAUCGUCCUCAUAAUAAAAGCAAUGCUCAACCGGUUAAUCCGUGGCAUAAAAAUAGCACCGGUUCCGACGGACCUAAUCCGAAACAAUCUAGGGCGGUUGCCACCACCAACGCCGGAAAGAAAUCAUCCCAUACGAACUCAGGUGGAGACAGUUUCUUGAAGCAGUCAGAGGAAAAGUUUCAUCAGGCCCACCGGAAGCAUGUCGAGUCGGCCAAAAAGUACACUCAGCAGUACGAGUCGAGUGAGGAUGAGGACGAAGGUGGUUCAUCCUCGCAAGAUAUUCUGGGAAGUGUGUUGAAAAAUUACGCUGGUGCUGGCAUGGAUAUUGGCAAAACGCAGGAGUACUUGCAGAAUCUGCUAGAAUCGCGUUCCGCUGUGUGUUUAAUCUGCAUUGGAACGGUGAAACGGGCGGAUUCGAUAUGGUCCUGCCAGAGUUGCUAUACCUUCUUUCAUUUAUUGUGCAUACAAAGAUGGGCAAACGAUAGUAUUUCACUGAAACGAAUCAGCCACGAACAGCAGGAAGGAUACUACAACAACAUGGGUGAAUAUGUUCCGAAACCGGCGCUUUCGGUGCACUGGGAUUGUCCCAAGUGCCGCAAAGAGUACGAACCAGUAGAUAUCCCAAGGCACUAUGACUGUUUCUGUGGGAAAGAGCAGAACCCGCAGAAUCAUCUGUGGUUGAUUCCGCACUCAUGUGGAGAGACUUGCAUGAAGCGACUGGUACCGAACUGCGGCCACAGUUGUGUCCUGUUAUGCCAUCCAGGUCCGUGCCCUCCGUGUCCGCAAACUAUAUCCGUAUCGUGUAAGUGCGGCCAAUCGGCUAAGAAGACGAUUCGCUGUUCGCAAAGGAGCUGGACCUGUCUCAAAACGUGCAAACAAAAACGAAAUUGUGGAAUUCACGAAUGUGGUGAAGUAUGCCAUUCGACCGAGGAAUGUCCACCCUGUAAAAGUCGUAGCAAGCAAAAAUGUCUUUGCGGAGCGAAAACCAAGGAGGUCAAUUGUUCCGAAUCUCGGUGGCAAUGUGGGAAGGUAUGUGGAAAAAUGUAUGCCUGUGGUUUGCAUCAAUGCGCUCAAGGAUGCCAUGAAAACGAUUGCGGAGAGUGCCCCAUGGGAAUGCCGAGAACAUGUCCUUGUGGCAAAACCAGUUCGGUAGCGGCCUGUUCGGAAGAUAUUGGAACGUGUGGAGAUACGUGCCAGAAGUUUCUGGAUUGCGGAGAACAUAGAUGCAGCGAGCGAUGCCACCCGGGAAAGUGUGGUCAAUGCAUGGAAAUAGUGAAGAAGCCCUGCCGCUGUGGAAACAUGACCAAGGAAGUCGCCUGUCACAAGCAGUUGAUUUGCGAAACAAAAUGUAAAACCAUUAGAAGCUGCAACAAACAUCCUUGCAAUAGGAAAUGCUGCGACGGACAAUGUCCUCCCUGCGACAAAAUAUGCGGAAAGACACUCCCAUGCGGGAAACACAAGUGCACCUCUAUGUGUCAUCAGGGUCCUUGCUAUCCGUGUAAUCAGAAAGCAACGGUCAAAUGUAGAUGUGCCGGAACGACUCUCGAAGUUCCAUGCGGACGUGAAAAGAAAGUCGGCUCCAUCAAGUGUCGGCUGCCUUGCCGUAUUUCCUCGAAGUGUCACCACACGAAUCCCCAUCACUGCCACCAGGGCGAUUGUCCGCCCUGUCAGCAAAUUUGCGGAUUGAAAAAUGACACCACCAAGUGCGAACAUCCUUGCGAGGCCAAGUGUCACGACGCUGUGAAGGUUGUGACUAAGGAUAAGAACUUCAAGCCUGUUGGACCAUGGGAUACGCCGAUGGAGAUUGUCGAAAUCAAACAAUUACCACAUCCUCAAUGCGAGGUUAAAGUCCCCGUGACUUGUAUUGGUGGUCACGAGACGUCCCUUUGGCCGUGUUACAAUUCCAAACCUACAUCCUGCGGUAGGGAGUGUGGAAGAGCCCUGAGGUGUGGGGUUCACACAUGUCCCAAGCAGUGUCAUGUGGUGAAAAAUCUCAAUUCUACCGAAGAGGAACCCAAAUGUCAGUCCUGUACGGCAGGAUGUGUCAUCCCUAGACCAAAUGGCUGUAUUCAUCCGUGUAAAAGACCUUGCCAUCCGCCUCCGUGCAACCCAUGUCAGGCUCCCACGAAAACCACCUGUCACUGUGGCCUAACGCAGAUUUUCUACAAAUGUCAUGAAUUCUACAGCAACGGCAAGUCCGAAGACGAAUUGAAACUCUUCAGAGAACAAGUUCUCAGCUGCGGUCAGAAGUGUAUUAAGAAUUUCCCCUGCGGUCAUCGUUGUAAUUCCACGUGUCACUCCGGCGACUGUCCGAAUCCGGAGUCGUGCAACAAAAAGGUGAAAAUAACCUGCGAAUGUCGCACUCGUAAAAUGGAGGUCAAUUGCAACGCAGCACGGAUGAAAUCGAAGCUGCUGGAGUGUGACGACAACUGUGAAAAGGCCAAACACAAUCGAAAUCAAGAACGCAACGACAAGGAGAGACUUCAGCGCGAACAUGAAGAGGCGGAGAAUCAACGUGCCUUGGAAGAGUACGAGAAGAAGUUUGGUCCGAAAAAGUAUCGCGAACGCAAACGAGCCCAGGUGGAGGAAACCAAAGAAACGGACUAUCUGCUGUAUGCCCUGGUAUCUGGGGGGAUUCUCAUGGUUGCCGUCGUAGUUUACUUCGUGCUAGCUAAUUAGAUUUUUUUCAAUUUAUUAUUUGUAGUUGUAGGUAUAACGAUCGAAUGCUUACCUACAUUCGAUAUAGGGCUUGUAGAUUACACAAAUUUCAUUAUUAAAGUGGACUGA